GUGAUUUGUCUCGAUAAAAAUUGUUGGACUUGAUCUCAGUGACAUUCUUCUAGGGAAUUGACUUUGUAGAUUUUCCAUAUAUCGAAGCUUUGUUGUUGAAAACCUGGGUUCGAAGACCAGCCGCACGUGUGAAUCCUCAAAAUCUUACUACUGGGGAAAAAACUUGGACCAUUUUCAUCCUGAACAACACAACCUCCUCAACACCAACACCACUUGACUACCUAUCCGUUAAGUGUAAUAUAUACAAAAUGGCAAUCCCACCACCAGACCUGCGUGUUCUUUGCCGCAGACUCGCAUCGACACCAGUUGACGAUCUUCCUCAUAUCUGCCCCCUCCUCGUCAGCCAUGUUCUUCGUUGCGGAGAGGCCCUGUCCGCCGUGCCAGAGACCAAGGCCAAGGACAAGUCUUCGGAAACUGCUACGCUUGUUCACAGAUUGAGAACUCACAUCACUACGCUUCUUACGGGCAAGAGUGCGUCCGGCCGUUUUGCCGCCGUCUCCCUGGUUAAGGCUGUCGUUGAUGUUGGAGGAUGGGAAAGCUUGAAGGCUUCAGACGCAUGGAUCAGGGGUUUGAUCAGCAUUUUGGGGAAACCUGAUCCCCUCGUGUCCAAGGAGCUAUGUGUCAUCACCCUGACCAAGAUCUACUCUCUCCUCCAGGGUUACCAGACACUGGUCAGAGAGAUGGCCACGCCCACUCUCCCCAGCUUCGUCACUGCCAUGCUGAACCUCGUCAAGCCGCCUGCCUCGAGCAAGGCACCCAAGGUUCCCACGUCUUUUGUCGAUACUGUUGCUGGCUCUCUUUCCAAGAUCGUGGCCUUGUAUCCUACCACCACGAGACCCUUCAACGCCCAGAUCCGAGCUGCCUUCAAGGCUUACGUCGCCCCUACCAUGUCUGACGCCGUCAUCGUCCCCCAGAGCCUGAGAGAGAGCGCCCGCUCGCUGCUUAUUGUGCUUCACUAUACGGCGCCUAAGAACGGUAGCAGCGACGAGUGGGUGAAGGGCAUCAAGUCGUAUAUCAAGGAGGCCCAUGCCACAGCCGACCAAGUCUUCCGUGCUGUCCGGGAGUCCUGGGAAUCCACCGCCGGCUACAGAGUGGACACAGCCCGUACCGACGGUGAGCCUUCCGGGGGAGGUGACGAGGCCGACGAACUCCCUGCCUGGACCGGUGUCACUGCCGGCUCCGAGAGACUUACCGGCCUCGUCGGCCAGCUCAUUGAGUACCUCAAGGUGCCCACCAAGGCGCCCGUCACCGUUCCCGUCGGGGAGCUCCUCGACCUCGCCUCGCGCAUCACCCUCAUCACCCUCCCCAAGCCCACCACCGGCGAAGACAGCGUCGAGACGAACCCGGCCAUCAGCAGGGACGAAAAGGCCGAACUCUGGAGCGUCCUCCCCGAGGUCCACAUGGCCAUCCUUAACCUGCACACCGUCCUCCUCCGUCGCCUGGCUGUCAACGCCCUGCCGCUGGCCACCGACAUCCUCGACCAGAUGGUCCGCGUCUUUACCUCGGGCCGGCACAUUGCCGCCAUCCGCGAGACCGUCUACGUCCUCGCCAAGGACCUCCUCGAGAUCUCCGGCCCGGGCCUCCUCAAACUCACCGUCGACUCCAUGGCCCCCGUCAUCCAGUCCACCUGCCAGGACAUCCUCCGCGCCACGGGCCACUACGACUCCCCCGCCGGCGGCAAGCAGGACAGCAACAGCACCAGCACCACCAUGAACCCCAACCCCAACCCCAAGAAACCCACUGCCGGUAAGAACGGCGCCGGCAUCCUGAACCCCCAGAAAGCCCAGUCCUCCGGUAACGCAGACGCCUACCUCACCGCUUCCACCACCACCUCCUCCUCUCCUUCUUCGGAUCCCAUCUUCGCUGCCGCCCUCUCCCUCCUCCCCCUCUUCCUCUCCCGCCUCCCGCAGCGCCACCUCUCCCCCGAAGCGCGCGGCCUAGUCGACCGCACCGCCAUCCUAGCCAACAGCAAGCAAGCGAUGCUAGCCAGCGUGCUGAACCCGUACAAGGACACACGGGGCAGGUAUUACCCUACCAUUUUGCCGUUCUUGGUUAGGCAGUUCCCUGCCGAUCAGGAGGUGGAAGUGUUGCGGACGAAUCUGAUGAGAAUUGGUGCGGGUGUGAGCCAGACUGUGGCUACUAGUUGGGAUCCCGAGGAGGGGUUGGAGGAGUUGGCUGCUGCUGCCGCUAAGACUGGUGAUAAGGAUGAGGAUGAAGAUGAGGAUGAGGAUGAGGAGAUGGUUGAUGCUGAGGAUGCUGAGGCGGACGCUGAUAAGGAGGCGGAUGCCCAGCUCGCUGCUGAGGAUCAGAACCAGAAGAGCAAGGCCGCCGCCGCUGCUGCUGCUAAGGGGGUCUGGGGUGCUGCUGCGGAAAAGAGUGCUGCUGAAGAGACCACCAGCAAACCGAACCCGUUUGCCACCGUCCCUAUCGACAGUCCCGAAUCGAGGGCUCGGAGGGCUGCGCAGGGCUUGGUAAACAAACCCAAGCGUAAAAUUGAAGAGGAGGCUGCGACUCCUUCUAAGAGAGUUACCAGGAGUUCGAGGAGAAAGACUCUUGACGCUGAAGAGGACACGCCUUCCACGACUGCUGCUGAGGUCGCGGAGGAGGUCGCUACGCCCGCUGUGGCCCCGCCCCCGGCGAAACCAGUUGUGGCUGUGAUGGAACAGAAAGAGGGUGAGGAUGAUAGUGAGGAUAGCGAUAGUGGGGAGAGCGUCCAGAUCGAUAUGUCGCUCGAGGACAGUGAGGAUGAGGAGGAUGAAGAGUAGAUUUGAUACCUUUGGGAAUUUGGAUGUGAAAGU